AUGCCUUCCCAAAAGAAUCAUCAUCAUCAAGAGGAGAAGAAAUCAUCAUCACCAACCAUUUCCUUGCCAGCCUCCUUGUUAUUGAAUUCCUCACUUUCUUCUCGUGUGGUUGUUCCUCCUCCCUCGAGCUCAACUCUUAUUUCAGGCAUUGCUUUAUCGAGUUCCAAAACACCAUCCAAUGCAAAGAAUAACAAGCAACACCACACCACCACCACAACAACAACGAAUUUAUUGGGCUCUUCUUCCAAAAGUAGUAGUAGUAGUUCUACUCACUCAAAUCAACCUCAAUUCUAUUCAACCACCACCACUCCCACAGCAACAACUCGGAAAAUUCAUCUCGUAACCUUGGAGGAGAAACAACGAGAGCAGCAACGAGAGUCCUGUUCUUUCUCUUCGGAAGCUGCAGGUUCAGCAGCCAAAGUUUCAUUGACCACUCCUACUACUCCCACUACUGCUGCUAGCACUUCUUCCUCAAUGAAUGGAAAGAAAAAGAAAGCAGAGAAGAAGAAGAAGAUAAAUUCUUCUUCCCAUACUGUGGUUCCAAAUAGUUCGGAACCAACCAAACAGGAUAGGCCAGUAUCACCACCUCAAAAGUCUUCUCCUGUUCCCUCAAUUUCCACUUGUCAUCUCGACCACUCGCCCUCGUCCUCGACCAAUACACAUACACCUCAAAAAAGGAAUAAUUACACCACCUCAUUAUCUCCAUCCAACAAUCACAACACUGACCAUCAUGGUUCCACCAACAAUAAUAAUACUCUCUCACCCAUGAUUGAGUUUGAAGAGGAUGGAAUUUCGGACGAUCGAGCGAGCACUGUGGUUUUAACGAAUAGUGCUCGUUCCCGACACAGCAAUACCUUAACUCUCUCUCCGAGAAGUUCCUCCACUCUUAGCUCAGUUUCUUCUGAUGAUGGCACUUGCUUGGAGACACGACGACAAAAAACCAUUUCGAAUGGUCACUCGCAUCAGAUUUAUGAUGAUGAAGAUGGUCACGACGACCAUUGUGACAAUGAUGACGAUGAGUUGAUGAUGAAUGGAUCUUUCAAAUCAAGCAAGACAUUGAAAAAAUCGAAUCAACGUUUGAAGAAACGAGUUCAAUCGCUAACUUUAGAACAUGCUGAGACACUUCAGAGAUUGACACUUUUACAAGAGGAAUUGAAUACCAUGAAACAGUCUUAUGAAAAUGAGUUGAGCAAAACAAAACACAUGUCACAAGUAAUAAUUGGAGAUUUAAAAACAAGAAAUGACAAUUUGAAAGAAAAAGUCAAAAAACAGAAAGAGGAACUUGAUAAUCUCGAGAAUACGGUCAUUACUCCAUUAAGAACUUCGUUCGAGAACAAAAAGUUGGAAUUUGAAAAUGUGAUUGCCACUCUCAAGGAUCAAUUGCAAAAUUUGCACACAUCUGAAGAACAAAAAUAUCAGAAAAUUCUCAGUGAGAAGGAGACAGACUUUGCAACAAAGAUUGAGUUGUUAAAGAAGGAACAUGCACACACUCUUCAUCGAGAGAAUCAAUUAAGGAAUGAAUUGGAAACUAUUGUGGCAAGAAGAACCGAAGAAAUAGUCUCUCUCAAACUCGCCAUUGAGUCCGUUCAACAAUUAUUGAAUCAAACUAAGACCAAUUACGAGGCUCAAAUCCAAAAACUCUCGACUCAAUUCAAGACAAGAGAAGAAGAAUUAUUACAUCUUCUCAAGCUCAAAGAACAGGAAAAUCAAAGACUACUACAGGAAAAUGCAUCACUUCGAGAUCAAUUGAAACACAAGCAAGUGAUUCCUCAAAUCUCUCACGCAAGAAGUAACACCGAUGAUCGUGACAUUAUGGUGAAGAAAUUGGCAAACAUCAUGCCCAAACAACCAACAAGAAGUUCUUUGACAUUUUCGUCUUGUCAACCAACCUCCAUGGCAAUGGCAAAUUCACUUUUACAAUUUUUGCAAUGCAAACCAUUUGUACAGUUGUAA